AUGCAAAGUAAUGAGAAAUGCAUCAAAUAUUUACCAAUGACAGAGUUUACAAUAAUGAGCACAAGUCGAAGUCACCGAAUCUAUCGCAUUGGGACGAACGCAAGCAUGGCCGAGACCAACACAGUAUCAUGCGAGGACAUCACGGACACCCUGAAAGAGAUGAGAGCAAUAGAUGACAAAAUUAUCUAUGAGCUUAAUCUUGCAACUCCAACACAAUCUUUUCGGAAUGAGGUUGACCCCAGGAUACACUGCAAAACCCUCUAUGAUCAAGUAAGUUCUCGAUAA